AUUUUAUUUUAAACAUCAAAAGCUGCAGCAUCGACACACUGUCUCUGUCUACAGAAGAACCAUCAGUGAGGAAGAGUGAAUUCGCCUUUCAGUAGUGCAGAAAUGCGCCUGUUUCUUUUCCUUGUGCUAAUAACCCUUAUAGAGGGUUCUCGUCAUAAGGGAGACGAAACAAUCGAAGGAGGAAAAGGAACCCAUCGUAAACAACGGAGAGACAAGAAUGAAAAUGAAAGGAAAGAAACAAAACUGAGCAGGAAUAUAGGAGUGAGCGAGAGGGCCGGAGUCAAUGUCUUGAUGAAUGACGUCUGUGGAGACCAGGUCACCUUGGGUUACAAUGAAUCUGUUGUAAUCUACAGCAAUAACGAUCGGCAAUCUAGAUCAUGUCAGCUGAAAGUAAAGGCACUUCAAGAUUCCGAGAUCGGAUUUUCCUGUGUAUCCUUCAGUAUCUUCAGUGGCAGCUGCAAAACGGAAUCCUUGGAGAUUAUUUAUAAAGUCAAUACUGAAAAGGCAAGAUUGAAAUACUGCGAAGACGUUAUUCCUGAAGACAUGCAGAUCCCCACAAACAAACUACGUCUUCGAUACAAGCGCAAGAACUUAAGUGACAACCAGUAUUCUGGAGGAUUCGUCUGUGUAGCAUAUUCAAUUGGAGGAUCUUCACGCGCACACAUCUGACCAAAUCUCGCAUUGGAGAAGUAUCCACUGAAGUGAGCCCCUUCCCUUCCUGAAGAAACUUCGGCAUUGCCUUCGUCAGUCAUUACAAAGGCAGACCACGACACAGCGGUAGUGAUGACCGUUAUAAGAACCCUUCUCAGUACCUGUUUGUUUGAAUGAUCGGAACCUGAUUCUUAUGGUAGGAAUUCGAAAAUUUGGUAAUUUGCCCAUCAAAGUCUUACUUGUAUCUUAUCUACAUCUACCAAUCUAUUUAUCUGUAAUCUAAAUUCUUGACUGCAGAAUUCAGAGUUACCUAAGCACAAAAAUUGUAUGUAUUUGAAUUAUAAGCAUUAAUUA